AUGGUAAUGAAGGCUUCCAUGGAAGAUGAUGAUUCAGGAUGGGAACUUUCCAUGCAGGACAAGAUGGGGAAGAGCAAUGCCAACUGGAUAGACAUCACUCAGGAAUUCAGAGAUGCUUGUAGUGAAUUGAAACUGGGAGAACUCCUUCAUGACAAACUCUUUGGCCUGUUUGAGGCUAUGUCAGCUAUUGAGAUGAUGGAUCCUAAAAUGGACGCUGGGAUGAUUGGCAAUCAGGUUAAUCGCAAAAUUUUAAACUUUGAACAAGCAAUAAAGGAUGGCACAAUUAAAAUUAAAGAUUUAACUUGGCCUGAACUGAUAGGAAUUAUGGACACUUGUUUUUGUUGUUUGAUUACCUGGUUAGAAGGUCAUUCAUUGGCACAGACCGUUUUCACUUGCCUAUAUGUUCAUAAUCCAGAUCUUAUAGAAGACCCGGCUAUGAAAGCAUUUGCACUAGGAAUCCUUAAAAUAUGUGAUAUUGCCAGAGAAAAAGUGAACAAGGCUGCUGUAUUUGAAGAGGAAGACUUUCAGUCCAUGACAUAUGGAUUUAAAAUGGCCAACAGUGUGACAGAUCUCAGAGUAACAGGAAUGUUAAAAGAUGUUGAAGAUGACUUACAGAGGAGAGUAAAGAGUACCAGAAUUCGACAAGGAGAGGCAAGAGAUCCAGAGGUGGAGCUUGAGCACCAGCAAUGCUUGGCAGUAUUUAGCAGAGUAAAAUUUACACGGAUUCUACUGACUGUCCUUAUAGCUUUUACCAAAAAAGAGACAAGUGCGGUGGUAGAAGCAUCAAAACUAAUAAGCCAAGCUGCUGACCUCCUUUGUGCUAUUCAAAACUCGCUUUCACUUGGCAUCCAAGCCCAGAACGAUACCACAAAAGGCGAUCAUCCAAUUAUGAUGGGAUUUGAGCCUCUAGUCAACCAACGUUUACUUCCUCCCACAUUUCCGCGCUACGCAAAAAUAAUUAAAAAGGAAGAAAUGGUGACUUAUUUUUAUAAACUAAUAGAUCGGAUAAAAACUGUGUGUGAAGUUGUCAAUUUGGCAAACCUUCACAGUAUUUUGGACUUUUUCUGUGAGUUCAGUGAACAGUCGCCCUGUGUCCUUUCAAGAUCUCUCUUACAGACAACAUUCUUAGUGGAUAACAAGAAGGUGUUUGGAACACAUUUGAUGCAGGAUAUGAUAAAAGAUGCACUGCGCUCCUUUGUGAGCCCCCCUGUUCUUUCCCCAAAGUGCUGUUUAUACAACAAUCAUCAAGCAAAAGACUACAUUGAUUCCUUUGUGACACACUGUGUGCGGCCUUUUUGUAGUCUAAUUCAAAUCCAUGGGCACAACAGAGCACGGCAGAGAGAUAAACUUGGUCAUAUCCUUGAAGAUUUUGCCACAUUACAGGAUGAGGCGGAGAAGGUAGAUGCAGCUCUCCACAGCAUGCUGCUAAAGCAAGAGCCCCAGAGACAACACCUGGCAUGCUUGGGAACCUGGAUCCUUUAUCAUAACCUGCGGAUAAUGAUUCAGUACCUGCUCAGUGGUUUUGAACUGGAACUGUACAGCAUGCAUGAGUACUAUUACAUCUAUUGGUAUCUGUCUGAAUUUCUAUAUGCAUGGCUGAUGUCCACACUGAGUAGGGCAGAUAGCUCACAAAUGGCAGAAGAACGCAUAAUGGAGGAGCAGCAGAAAGGGCGGAGUAGCAAAAAGACGAAGAAGAAAAAGAAAGUUCGGCCUCUGAGCAGAGAAAUAACCCUAAGCCAAGCCUAUCAAAAUAUGUGUGCUGGGAUGUACAAGACAAUGAUUGCCUUUGACAUGGAUGGCAAAGUAAGAAAACCCAAAUUUGAGCUGGACAGUGAACAAGUUCGGUAUGAACACAGAUUUGCACCAUUCAACAGUGUUAUCACUCCACCACCAGUGCAUUAUUUACAGUUUAAGGAAAUGUCAGAUUUAAACAAGUACAGUCCCCCACCACAGGCUUCAGACUUGUACAUGGCAGCAAGCAAACAUUUUCAACAAGCAAGGAUGAUUUUAGAAAAUAUUCCAAAUCAAGACCAAGAGGUCAACGAGAUUUUGAAGGUUGCCAAAAACAAUAUAGUAGUGAUGAAAUUGCUUGCUGGUGGCCACAAAAAGGAUUCAAAGAUUCCACCCGAGUUUGAUUUCUCUGCACACAAAUACUUUCCUGCGGUAAAACUGGUAUAA